GGCAGUCUUGUCUCCGGAGCCUCACACGAGAGACUUGAAUGACCGGCACCACGCUGUACCAGUCAGUCGGACGUCGUACGCCGUCAACGCGCGAGUUCUCAUUGCCGCGAGUCUGUAGUGGUGUGUACGACGCUUAACUUUUACGAUCAAACGAUCCACUUUACACAAGUUCAGCGAUGAAUUUUGAUUGUCAUUUGCAGUGAAUUAGUGAUUUUUUUCCGCAUAACAUAUAGACGGUUUUCAUUAUUAUUGUUGUUAAAAGUUUAUUUUAUUUUUGAUUCACGCAUAUCCGUGAAAAUGGCUGAGUUCGACGCGAACAACAACAGUGCGCCGCCGUUACCAGAAAAAGCACAGGAAAAAUACUCUUUGCGACCCAGGGCGUCGUUAAAACGCGAAGAACCCGACGAGGAUCACGAAGACAAUUGGAAACCCACGACUCGGGGUCGGUCCGCCAAACGACGUCAAAAACCCAAGCCUUUGAGCAGGUACCGAAGGAAGACGGCGAACGCGCGCGAGAGGAGCCGAAUGCGCGAGAUCAACGAAGCGUUCGAGGCGCUCCGCCGUGCCGUGCCACACCUGGCGGUGGACGCACACAACGAGAAGCUGACCAAGAUCACCACGCUCCGGCUGGCCAUGAAGUAUAUCUCGGCGCUCAGUGGCCUUCUGACCACGGCGCCCGGUGCCCAUCAGUCUUCGCUGUCUCCGACCACGGCCGCAGCUACGACCACCGUAUGCGGCGGCGGCGGCGGCGGCGGCGGAGGAGUCGUCGGGACGGCGGCAAUGUCGUCGCCGUUGGUGUCGCUGCCGAUCACAACAGACCAUCUGGCCUCGCUUGGCUGCUGUCUAUCGCCUUCGACUUCCGACGACGUGGACUCACUGCUCAGCGAGUACGCGUCUGAUUUACUCUGCGGUGGCGGCGGCGGCGGUAGCGAGUGCUCUUCCGCCGCGUCCACCGUCGGGUUUCUCGCCGAUCACCAUCACCACCAUCAUUCGUCCGCGUUCUUGCGGGACUUGCCGGGCGCGGUCACCACUUAUUCGCUGUCUCCGUCGUCGUGCUCCACGUCGGCCACCGACGUUGUAGGCUUCCCGUCACCGUUGCUGUCCGCCGACUUCCCGGUGGACGUGGCGGCGGCGUUCAUGCCGUUUGCCGACCACCCACUGCCGCCAAUCGACUUCAACGGCGACCCGUACAUGUUCGAAGACAACUUCGCGUGCACGGAGUUCAGCUAGACCCCGAUUGGGUGUCGUCAAGGUGCCAUAUAUAUUUACGACAUACGUGUCAUACGUAUUCGGUGUGUGUAAAUUUUUUUGUACGUCUCUCGGUGGGAUUUUGCGAGAAAAAUGGGUCAAAUUUUUUUUCCCUCGAGAAAAUGUGAUAUAUAUUUUAUGUUUCGACGUACCCUGUUUACGAGUAGAUAGACAUACCUAAACUGUCUGUAUAGUGCGUAUGCGUCGCUUACUCCCGUCACGGCUGAUGUACGCGUCGACCGUCAGCUGUAAACGUGCAUAAAUGUUUUCCCUUCGAUUUUCUCUCGAAUAUAUUUUCAACUGUGAUAUACUGUUCCCUCGUAUUAAGUAGUGGCGGCCGUCGAUUUCGACAACUCCACCCCUCCCCACGACCCGUCCAUACUCUUGCCAGUAAAUCUGUUACGCACGCUGUAAUGACAUCGUGUGUGCGUGUGUGCUCCCAAGUAAAUUAUUCUAUUUGUUUUAAAUGAAACGUGUACGUCUAUCCCAUUCGAUGAAUAAUAAUAAUAAUAAUAAUAAAAACCGAUCUAACGUUUUUAAAUCCGACUGGUGAAACUGGUUAUUAUUUAUUCUAUACAUAUAUAUAUAUUUAAUGUAUAAUAUACUUAUUUUUCCCUUCAGAUCCUUUCCUUGGCUUUCUUGAACAUAAUAUUUUAUACUUUAUACAUGUCUCGGAACCAUAUUUAACGAUAUUUACGCAUAUCGUCGUAUAAUCGCGAUUAAAAAAAAAAAAAAACUCAAAUUCUGUUUUUCGAUUUAUCAUUGUUUUUACGUGUGAUGAAAAAAAAAAAAUAAUAAUGAUAGACGGGCUUGUACGAUUAGGGUUUCGAUCGAUUUUGCGUUCAUUUUGAUUAUAGUUCGUUUUUAAAAACAUUGCAUUGGAAGUAGUAUUUGCGAUAUCUCCGCGUAACAAUUUUGUUUCUACAGUCGAUGAUUUAUAUUGAUGGCCAAUCUGUCUCAGAUGAAUAAGAAAAUCAACUCAUCCGACCUCCCGUCGAGUCUAAACAUAAUAACUGACGUACACGCAGACGCGUUUAAAUAUUGGCUUAGGAUAAUAUAUUUUAUUACAUUAUAUUCUCGGCACACACAUAUACAUACAAGACUAAGAGAUCCAACACCUUUUUUAUUUUUUUACCAUUUGUUAUGUACAGCUUCACGAUGACGUAUGCACGUAGUAUAUUAUUCUCGCGUUCACGCGUAUAUGUGUUGUAUUCGACUUCGAUUUGUCCUAUUUUUCGUUAACUUUUUGGAUAGUUCACAUUGCACACCGAUGACUUUCCCUGCGUGUGUUGUACCCAAUUAAAAAACGGGUAUUUUGGUUUAUUUUUCUAUUGUCUUUUUGUUACCUUUAGCGUUAUGACGUCGUUUAGUGUUAUAAUUAUACUAUAUAUUAUAUGUUGUAGAUAAUAUAUACACGAAUAGAUGAUAUAUUUGUACGUUAAGUUUUGUAAAUUAAAAUCAUAUAUACUUGUACAUAAAAUU